AUGCACGUGAGAUGCAAUCGACAUAUUGCUGUAGGUCACGUGGAAGCAGGACAGUCUCAGCUUACAGUUGUCCGUCGUAUGAACGUCCAUCAGAGCAUGAUUUUCAUCUCUGGGAGAUGUCACCAGCAGAACUCGGUGGAAGAUGGACCAAGAAGAGGACGACCUCGAAUUACCACUGCAGCGCAAGAUCGGGAGCUGUUCCAGGAGGCCAAACGCCUGACCAUGUACAGCCCGUGUCACGUCCAGUCAUCAGUAUGCUGCCUUUGCCUACCAGAUCAGCUGUUCCAGGAGGCCAAGACACGCCUGACAUGCACUGCAGGCAGAGAGGACUACGAUGCACCAUCACCAGAUCCUACAGGCAGAGUGUCACCAGAUCCUACAGAGAGAGGACUUGCCAUCACCAGAUCCUCAGCAGAGUGGACUACGAUGCAGCAUCACCAGCAUGCUGCCUUUGCCUCACCAGAUCCUACAGGCAGACUUGCAGCAUCACCAGAUCCUACAGCAGAGGGACUGGGAUGCAGCAUCACCAGAUCCUACAGGCAGAGGGAUGGAGCAUCACCAGAUCCUACAGGCAGAGUGGGGUGCGACAUCACCAGAUCCCCAGACUACGAUGUCAUCACCUUCCUACAGGCAGAGAGUGGACUACGAUGUAGCAUCACCAGAUCCUACAGAGAGGACUACGAUGCAGCAUCACCAGAUCCUACAGGCAGAGUGGACUACGAUGUAGCAUCACCAGAUCCUACAGGCAGAGUGGACUACGAUGUAGCAUCACCAGAUCCUACAGGCAGAGUGGACUACGAUGCAGCAUCACCAGAUCCUACUGGCAGAGUGGACUACGAUGUAGCAUCACCAGAUCCUACAGGCAGAGUGGACUACGAUGUAGCAUCACCAGAUCCUACAGGCAGAGUGGACUACGAUGCAGCAUCACCAGAUCCUACAGGCAGAGUGGACUACGAUGUAGCAUCACCAGAUCCUACAGCCAGAGUGGACUACGAUGUAGCAUCACCAGAUCCUACAGCCAGAUGGUGUUUAACAUUUUCGUUGACAUCAGGAUGUGGUACGGUAACGCACAUCGAAAUCAGUCAUAGAGCCCUUGAACAUUUUGCUGAUCAGAAGGGACAGUUUACCUACCAACAGUUGUUGCGGAAGCACCAAGACGCCUUCCAGGCAGGAAGCCCUUACCCUGACGCCUACUACUCCAACAUCUGUGCUGGUGGAAAAUACCAUAACAUAUCUGAAGACAGCCAUUGGUCACCCUUCUUCAACGCAACCCUCAACUACAUCCGGAGGAAGUACCCCCCUCCCUGGGACCAGGCGACAGAGAAGUUGGUGGUUUUCAUGUUUGGCUUCAUGUCACAUCAAGUAGCAGAUGUGUUGUGGCACAACUUGGAUAUCUCUCAGGGCUUCCUACAGACCAUGGCCUAUAUCAACUUCAAUGGUGUGUAUGGGGUGGCUCAUACUGCAGGAGAUAUAGGUGGUGAUGUACUGACAGAGUUUGAGAUGAAUCUGAACCACACAGUUGAACUCUCUGACUGGUAUGUUCCGAUUGAUGACCUCGUCAACAUCUACCGGGACUUGUAUGGUCGGGACAGGAUACCAAAGGAUAUUAUGGAGGCCUGCAUAUCAACACUGUUUCUGGAAAGACUCGGAGAACAACUUGCAAUAGGAAAGCUCUUCACCACCUAUGCAAAGAAGAGCCCAUUUCUGGUCGACCAGUUUACUGACUACUUUGUGGGUGGCAUAGACGACAUGUCAGCUUGGACCCAGAUCAUCUGGAGACGUGUGGUGUAUAUGUUGGAACAUGGUCAGAGUGAGUGUAAUGUCACCCACAACCCGCUGUACAUCACAUGUGGCCAGUCUCCGCAAUACCCACAGGUAGUUCACAGGAAGUCAGCAAGGGAGUCUGGGAUACCUGUGAGACUCACAGACCAUGGACUGUCCCAUGAAGACAUUAUUGUGGAGAAAGCAUAUCGAGGGAUACGAUUCAGAGCAACUGACAGACUCAAGGAAUUUAUGCGCCAGAAGCAACAUAAGAAGCAAAGGAUUUCCAAGUUACGCCAGAAGGAAAAUUCAAACGAAAAGCAGCCUGAUGCUGUUUAUACGGUUCCAGAAAAAUAUGCCAAAUUUGGCUGGUCUCUGGCUGUUGGUGACCUGAAUAAUGAUGGUCAAGAUGACCUGGCUAUUGGUGCCCCGGGGUAUGGCAGUGAGUUCUCCCCACAAGACGGCAAGGUCUUCAUCAUCUAUGGAACAGACAAUGGUCUUCCACUUAAAACUAUGGAUAAUUUCAAUGUUCAAGCAAACCAAGUUCUUAAUGGCCCAUUUAAGGCCCAGGCCAGGUUUGGCUCGUCGAUUGCCAUUGUCGAUAUCAACAUGGAUGGCAUCAAUGACAUAGCUGUUGGGGCUCCCAACAUGGGGUCAGAAUCUACUCCUCUCAAGUACCAGGGUAUGGUGUAUGUGUACUAUGGAAGCAGAAAUGACAUGUACAGAUUCUCGCAAGUCAACAUGACUAUCAGCUGCAAGGAUCGUCUGCAACAAUGGAGGUCCCUCUCUGCUGGUGACCUCAAUGGAGACGGACAUCCUGAUCUCAUACUUGGCUCCCCGUUUGCUCCAGGCGGGGGACAACAGCGGGGGUUUGUCGGGAGUGUGUAUGCCAGCAAGAAAUACAUACAUGGUGUGACCACCCUGACCGUGGACACCCUGGACUGGACAUACAGUGGACAGCAGGACUAUGGCUGGCUUGGACAAGACAUGUCGGUCAGGCCACACCCCAGCGGUCAACCGUUGCUGAUGGUCAGUCAGCCCACCUUCAGGAACUGUAGUCUAUACAACUGUUCUUAUGAUGUCAAUGACACCCAGAGUGUGGGACGAUUCAACAUGUUUCACACCCCCGUGACACGGGCCAGUCUCCCUGCAACAAACUCAGGCAGUCAUCAUUUCCAGAUGUUCGGCUCCAGCUUCGAUGUGGGCCAUCCCCUACCUGGGGGCGACACAAUACUGGCUGUGUCAGCAGUUGGAGAAGAUGUGGAGGGCAAAGUGUUGCUAGUGGAUACCGAGUUCACCCAGGCUGGGGCCGUGCAUCUCCUCAACAUCACCAACAUCACCUCACUGCCUCAACCCCAGGUGGCGUUGUAUGCAGGGGACAGACGAUAUAGUAGGUUCGGGGCAAAGGUCAAGUUUGCUGAUCUGAAUACUGAUGGGUAUGAUGACCUGAUUGUCACUGCCCCACUCCACACCGACGAUGUGACAGAAGAGUUGUAUGGAGCUGAGGAGGGCCGCGUGUUCAUAUUCAAUGGUGGCAAGGGCUUCCUGGUUGGUGACAAGGCCUUGUAUGACUGCAAAACCCUCUCCUUCAUAGAACCCUGUCCAGGACAAAAGGCUUCUUAUGAGCUGAAGUUUGGAGAAUAUGGAGCACGAUUUGGGACAAAUAUAGCUGUCGUCAAAUCAAAACAUACAGUGAAUCUGGUAGUCAGCGCCCUGCACAGCAGUAGAGGAGACAGACUAGCUGGGGCUGUAGUCGUAUACUCCUUUCCCAAGUCCUGACUCCUGCUAGUCAUCCGUUCAAGUGAUACAGCAUGCCGACAUGUCAAGAUUCAAAGAUUUUUUGGGUCAACAUUAUUCCACCGAUUCUUAUAGAAUCAAAGAUUUUUUAAACUACGGGUGAUUUUUAAGGCUGUGACAUACAGACAGUUUUCCAGUUUUUUAGUCACACUGAUUUGUGUCUUUCUUCAUGUUUCUGAUGACAUACACACAAAUAAUUUGUAUUAUUUUAUAUUCAUAUUUUGACAUAGCAAUUAUCAUUUUGAAGUUGCACCAAAGUCUUGUAUAAAACGUUUACUAAAGACCAUUUAUGUUAUAUAUGGCCCUGUGAUGAAUACAACUCUACCCUAGUCUUGCUAGCUUUACCUUUUUGCCUAAGAUAAUACAUUACGCCAAAUAUAACUGUAUAGGACCAGACCAUGCUGUCGACCAUAGGCAAUCAGAAACAUUGCAACGCACAGCCUCGCCUAUGUACCGAAAGUAGUGUCAUGGAUUUUGCUGAAGGCACCUUACAAAACACGCCUGGGAAAUGUAUGUCUCCUGUAUUACUUUAAGUUACCAGUUUACUAUGAAGCUAGGGUGAGCAAAGUUUGCUGUAAAUAAACAGUAUGUGUGAUAUGCAAGCCCAUAAUUCAUAUGCAGGAAACACAACAGCCAUGAAUACUCAUUUGACCAGUCACCAUGGUCAAUUAAAUAAAGGCAAAACAACAACUCAACCCCAAUCAUAAUGAAAGACUGUAAAAGGUGAAUGUAGGAAAAAAAGUAACAG